CCCAAAGAAAAGAAAGAUGCUCUAGAAAUACAACAUUUCGCGACUUAGCCCCAAAGAACCUGCGUGGUGUGUUGUUGGGAUCAAAAGAUGUCGAUCUUCGAGUACAACGGAAGUGCCCUAGUGGCUAUGGUCGGCAAAAACUGCUUCGCCAUUGCCAGCGACCGAAGGCUCGGUGUUCAGCUUCAAACCAUAGCCACCGAUUUCCAACGCAUUUCCAAGAUUCACCCAAAACUCUUCAUCGGUCUCUCUGGUCUCGCCACCGAUGCUCAAACACUGUAUCAGCGUCUUGUUUUUCGGCACAAAUUGUAUCAGCUUCGUGAAGAGAGAGAUAUGAAACCAGAGACCUUUGCCAGCUUAGUCUCUGCUUUGCUGUAUGAGAAAAGGUUUGGUCCAUACUUUUGCCAGCCCGUAAUUGCUGGAUUAGGGGAUGAAGACAAACCAUUCAUAUGCACAAUGGAUGCUAUUGGAGCAAAGGAGCUUGCAAAAGAUUUUGUUGUUGCUGGCACUGCAUCUGAGUCUCUAUAUGGUGCUUGUGAGUCGAUGUUUAAGCCUGACAUGGAACCAGAGGAAUUGUUUGAGACCAUCUCCCAAGCAUUGCUAUCAUCCGUAGAUCGUGACUGUUUAAGUGGCUGGGGAGGGCAUGUCUAUGUUGUCACACCAACUGAAGUAAAGGAAAGGAUUUUGAAGGGAAGGAUGGAUUAACUUUUAGGCCACCUUGUCACCUACUUCGUAUCACUUUGUUUUCUGUUUAGUUUGUAGCUGAAUAGCAUUCUACUUACCGUCCAUUGUUAAUGGUUAUCUUGUUAUUGUGGCUCUUCAGUUAAACGUACCCUGAAAAUUAUUUACAAACUGGUUCACUUGUUCUAUACUAUUUAGAUUAUUGGAUAAAGGAAAUUCUAGAGUCGGGCAUGUUGUGAAU